AUGUUCGAUCCUGUUCAUUCCCUGCAAAACCCAAGACGAAAUCCGCUCAACAACGAUGAAGAUGAAGACGAUGAUAUGGAAAAUCAAGAGGUACAUCCGUACGGAGAUAUAGGAGAAGAGGAAGAAGAGGAUGGAUCUACUUCUUUCCAUGAUAUUUUCAGUAACGAUCCAGACUUUGAAAAGGUAACUCCAAAAUCUCGCAUUGCCAACCCUUUUACUUCAUCGGUUGCAAAGAUUGCCAAACAAAAGGUGUUGAUGAUGAUGGAAAAGAUGGGCUACAAAGUGGGAGAAGGCCUAGGAAAGAGUAAUCAGGGAAAUGCGAGCGCAUUAGAGCCUCAACAUCAACAAGGAAGAGCCGGAUUGGGCAGCACGUCAACACACUAUUCAUCAAAUCUUCCCGAGCAUUUUACAAUUCAAACUCAUGAUCCCGAUUUAACGGAUUAUCCACACAAAGAAGAUGUUUCGUGGUUGAGUUGCUCGGAGCCUUUACCUGAUGGUGCACCAGAAUUUUCAAUCGUCAGGCCCGAUAAUACAACAUUGGAUUUAUCUGUGUCAAUGAGUAGCAAUGGACAGAAGUAUGUCGAAGGAAAUUUAUCUCCAUUUGUUAAUGAGCAACAGGUGCAACAAAUCUUUGAUUUAAAAUCCCAAUUUGAUGCAGUUGACGAUAAGAUAUUCACUGAUGCUAGAUAUAGAUCAAACCCCUAUGAAAGAAUUGGACGAUCAAUUUUUCAAAAUAGGGCAGCAAUUAAAUUGGCCAACAUCGACAGAAUUUCUGAUUUGACAAGCUUUGAAGGUCUUCCUAGACUACCUGAAGAAAAUGGUAUUUUAUAUUUUGCUGAUAUUUGUGCAGGACCUGGAGGAUUCACGGAAUAUCUUUAUUACAGAUUCAAGACCGAAAAAGCUAAGGGGUGGGGCUUUACUUUGAAAAAUAAGAAAGAUGAUUGGAAAUUGAAUAGAUUCAAUUCAGAAUCACCACACGAUAAUUUUGAAGUUUAUUAUGGAGAAGAUGGAACUGGAGACAUUACCAAGAAUGAAAAUAUUCGAGCCUUGAGCAAAGUGAUUGAUCAAGGAACAAACGGAAGAGGUGUUGCUCUUGUGACUGCAGAUGGUGGAUUUUCUGUUCAUGGAGUGGAAAAUUCGCAAGAAUAUCUCACUCAUCAGCUUGUACUUUGCCAAAUUUUAACCGGUUUGAUGAUUUUGAGAAAAGGAGGCUCAUUUGUGUGCAAGUUGUUUGAUCUAAACACAUGGUUCUCAGCCUCAUUGAUAUAUAUUCUCUACCAAAAUUAUGAGAAGCUUAUGAUUGUAAAGCCAGUAUCAUCACGACCUGCCAAUUCUGAAAGAUAUAUCAUCUGCAAAGGAUUAAGACGACGCCAGCCAAAUAUUGUAAACUAUCUAUUUGAUGCAAAUAUUAAGCUAGCUAACCGUGACACCAUCAAAUCAUUGGUUGAUUGUGAAACCAUGGAGAAGGAUGAGACUUUCGCCAAAUACAUUCGCGACACCAAUUCCAUGAUUGCAAAGUCACAAAUGAAUUCCUUACAACGUAUUAAGAAUGCAAUUGAAGACAAGUAUUUAGAAAUUUCAGAAACUCAAAAUAGAAUGAAAGAUGCUUGCCUUCAAGAAUGGAGACUACCAAAUCCACAAUCAACACCUAAAGCAAAAUCAGACAAGAAUAAGCGUAAGAGAAACGAUCAAGAUUCAAAUACUAGGCCACUUCAACAGAUAAAACAAUAA